GAGAUAUAAUGCAUCCCAGGACGAGGCUCACAGUUUGCUCGGACUGCCUGUCUCUAUUGCGAAGACCUCGAACGUCGCAUAUCAGACUCCCGGCUCAGUCGCCAUGGAAUUACUGUAGCUUUGGCACAGCUUCGUGCCAACCACGAGCCCAUCGAAGCACGAGAGCGCAAAAUGCUGGCAUACGGCAAAUCAGACAUCUCGCCGCCCAGGCUGCACAGCAACAACAGCCGCCCGCGCCAUAUCAGGCGGCCGAUCUGACUUCGAUCCAUAAUCGCGUGCAGGAGCUGGCCAGGUCAGUGCUGAAGCCUGACGAUGGAAAGAUUCCAGCCGAAGAGCGAAUCCUCUACGUACUGGAGCAGCUCGAAUAUCUGGCCAAGCUUAUAUUGGACGAACGAGUGGCAUCGGAGCCAAGCACAAGCACUCGACAAAAGCCCAUUUCCCGUACGCAACAGAAAGCGAGUGCGACUUCAGCACUGCUAGGUAGUGUCAACGCAAGGGCAUACCCAGUCUCAAUCACUCGCGCCUCUAUCCUGAGCUCCAUUUCUGAGAAGGCAGAAGAGAUCGUUCGUCAUCCAGACGUCUUUAUCUCCCCGGGAGUGCUGAAAGCGUAUGUCAGUCUUCAGAGCUUACUGCAUCAGCCAUCCUCAUUUCCAGACGUCUUCGAUCUCUAUGCGCGAAAGGCAAUACCGAUUCAAAAAGGAAAUACCAUCACAUAUUCGUCAGCAUCACCGGAUCAGAUCAAGUCUGCCGUGCCAGGCGAAACCGCAAAAGCGGCAUUGCAUGCUGCCAUUGAAGCCCAUGACUUGCCUCUGGCAGUGGACAUCAUCUCCACCACGUACUGUACGCCAGCUUUCAAAAAAGCCAAGACAUUCAGACAAGCAGCAUUUCCAAUUGUCGGACUAGGAGUUGCUCCACUUGCUGCAUUGACUUUGAGCACCACAUUCGCAAAUCUGCAGCAGACAAUGGACACUAGCAUGGCUACCGGGAUCGCCUUUGCUGGAACUAUGACCUACGUCGGAGCCGUUGCAAUGGUCGGUUACGUCGCGGUGACCACGGCAAAUGACCAGAUGGACCGAGUCGUGUGGGCCUCCGGCGUGCCGCUAUGGGAGCGUUGGGUUCGAGAAGACGAAAGAGCAGCUAUCGACAGAGUAGCAGGAGCCUGGGGUUUCAAAGAGGUUGACAAGAGAGGCGAAGAGGAAGGUGAAGACUGGGAGGCUUUGCGUGAAUGGAUUGGCUCGAGAGGCAUGGUUUUGGACAAGGUCAGCUUGAUGGAAGGCAUGGAAUGAAGACAUACCCAAACGUCGUUCCAUUCUGGCUUCCAGAGACACGAGGCAUCUCCCACUUGAUCGCUGAAUCGCAGGACUUCUGCACCGCGUCUUGUCGAGUGGUACAGAGACGAAAUAGGACUAUGAAACUCAGACCAGAAGUUUGCUACUGUG